CCCACUAGCCCCGGCGCUGCGCAGUUUCCAGCCUGUCAGCCCGUCCGGAGCCCGGCUCGCUGGGGCAGCAUGGCGGGGUCGCCGCUGCUCUGCGGGCCGCGGGCCGGGGGCGUAGGCCUUUUGGUGCUGCUGCUUGUGGGCAUCUUUCAGCUGCCCCCUGCCCUCUGUGCGCGGCCGGUAAAGGAACCCCGCAGCCUGAGCGCAGCGCCGGUGCCCCUAGCCGAGGCUGGCGCCCCCCGCCGCUUGCGACGGGCAGCACCAGCACCCCGAGGAGAGGCGGUGGGUGCGGUGCAGGAGCUGGCGCGGGCGCUAGCGCACCUGCUGGAGGCCGAGAGGCAAGAAAGGGCCCGGGCCGAGGCACAGGAGGCCGAGGAUCAGCAGGCCCGUGUCCUGGCACAGCUGCUGCGUGUCUGGGGCUCCCCGCGUGCCUCUGACCAGCCCUUGGGCCUGGAUGACGACCCGGACGCUCCCGCAGCCCAAUUUGCCCGAGCCCUGCUUCGCGCCCGCCUCGAUCCCGCUGCGCUCGCAGCCCAACUUGUCCCCGCGCCUGCCGCUGCGCUGCGACCCCGGCCCCCAGUAUACGACGACGGUCCCGCAGGUCCCGAAGCCGAGGACGCUGGCGACGAGACACCCGAUGUAGACCCGGAGCUCCUGAGGUACUUGCUGGGACGGAUUCUCACUGGAAGCUCGGAACCUGAGGCUGCUGCCGCCCCGCGCCGCCUCCGCCGCGCUGCUGAUCAAGAUCUGGGUCCCGAGGCGGCCCCCGAGGGUGUACUAGGGGCGCUGCUGCGCGUCAAGCGCCUGGAGAACACCCCGCCCCAAGCGCCCGCGCGCCGUCUCCUGCCGCCCUGAGCGAAGCUGUCCUCCCAGAGCUCUGGAACCUUCCCAGCAACCCCAGUUCCACUCCAGCACGUCCAGAGCAGUUUACCCCACAGCCCCGAGAUCCCUAUCCUCUGGCCCUUCAAUAAACGCAUUCUAUAGCA